UUUGCUUUUGCAGAAAAAGCGAUGAUUGAUUGCUUCUCUCUCCACAUUUCUUGCAACUGGUUGCGUACUCUUCUACCCAAACCCAAACUCAGAUUCACCAUCGCUUCAAUUUGACCCUUGAGCGAUCUCGGUUUGACUGCGUCUUUCGUUGAAUUUCGCGUUGACCCUUCAGCUUAAAGCCAUCGUUGAUCUUCAAUUGUUGCUUUGAAUUCGGUGUUGAGAUAUGGGGAGGUUGUUUGUGACCCAUCUAGAAGGGAAGAUCUAUAGCUGCAAAUACUGUCGAACUCAUAUAGCUCUUUCUGAAGACAUCGUUUCCAAGUCUUUCCACAGCAGACAUGGGAAGGCUUAUCUCUUCAGUAAGGUUGUGAAUGUUUCUACUGGAGAGAAAGAGGAUAGACAGAUGCUCACUGGGAUGCAUACUGUGGCUGACAUUUUUUGUGUGGGUUGUGGAUCAAUUGUUGGUUGGAAAUAUGAGACUGCUCAUGAUAAAAGCCAGAAGUACAAGGAAGGAAAAUCUGUUCUUGAACGGUACAAGGUGUCAGGUCCUGAUGGCAGCAAUUUUUGGGUGAGCCAUGAAGCACAUGUUGGUGGAAGUGAUGCAGAUGAUGCUUAGUCAUCUUACUAUUGACAAUUGAAUUGUACAUUCCUUUAUCCUCUUCGUUUGUUGUUCAAUGAAUGUGGAUCUUAUAGGGGCAAUUUAGCAAAAUCUGCAUUUUGCCCAGAACACAAUUUAAAUACAUUUUAUUGUUAAUUCUGAUGUUAAAAAAAAAAAAAAACUAAUGUUAUAACUUCUAAUUAAUCCUUUUUUUUCCAGUUGUUAUAAUAUUGAUCUUCUUUC